AUGUUUGUUGCCGCUGAGGGGAUGUCCUCCAGAAAUGCUGACUAUGACCCCAACCUCACUACCAUAACUACUGGGACUGGCCUGUCGGGCAUAGGGUUUUGUUUAUUCGCAACGAGUUGCAAAGCAGCUUUCACCUUUCUUCUCUUCUUCAGCUUUGAAUCUUCAUAUAUUGUGCUCUAUUUGUAUGAUUUGUAUGUCAGGUCAAAUAGAAUUGGCAUUGUUCCCAGCAGGCGAACUGAUGCAUUGAGAAAUCUGUUUCGUUUACAGUAUUUUUUCACCAUCACAAUCACCCCUGAUUUGGUGCCGCGUCACCUCACUAUUGCCCUGGAGGUCAAAAAUUCCGGCUGGACGCAGCCGACAGCAGUCCCAAGCAUCAGUGCCGACGAUCGCGAACAAAAGCGAGGCCUCACAUAUAGGGGAAAGAUCAAGUCCGUCGAUUUCGCCUGGACAAAUCAGACGGUAGCUGGCUCCGACAAAGACCCUGACAUGCUGCGCCCGACUGGCGUGCAUAUGAGCAAAGGCGCUGGGCGUUUUGUAAAUGCGGUUGUGCAGGCACCUGUGGAUCUUUCAGUGAAUUUCACGAGAGGGUUUCACAAUAUCCCUAAGCUUUGGGGAGACGAUACCGUGCGCCCUCAAGGCUUGAUAGUGUUUAUUCCGGUGGCAAACCUGCGUCGAAUUGGCAGUCUCGGGGGUUUGGUGGAACAGCGCAUGCGGCUGGGAUUUAAUACUAUUAAGAAGGUUGAUUUUCUAGAUGUCUACUCUGCAGCGCCAACUCCCAGUCAUCCUGGAUUCUAUAAACACCUAGCAAUCCAUAAGCAGGUGAAUAAGGUCAAGAACCUUAUGGGUAAUGGGCUCGAGAACCCCCCUCUGGACCUAGUGGAAGGAUUUGACCAAAUUAAUAAGGCCUGCGAGAACGGCAUGGUCAGCGCCACUGUUAUGAAGAGCAAUACCAGGAUAUGUUCCCGUGAAUGA